UCUUCUCUUCUUCUUGCUGCCCAUCUUCUCGCUCCAUCGCUGCUUGGUGGGCUCACAGCGCGGGACACAUCAUGUCGACAGCUCUUGCUUCUUCCCUCGCGGCCUUACGCCGCACUGUUCCCGAUGUCCCCGAAGACAUCGACGAUGUUCUCGAGCACCUCAACGAUCCCAACUGGGACUACCGCCCUCCUUCUCCCACCCUGUCCACAGAGUCCAUCGACCUCGACCCCAAGGAGAAGGGUUUCAUCUCGAGCAGGCACUCGGGCUCUGAUUACGAGACAGAGUCAAACGCCGAGUCCACCUACGGCAAGACCGCAGUCACUUCGACCUACGGUAAGACCGAACAGUCCCACUCUCACCUCUGGUCCUCUGCGGCCAGCGACCUCGACGACGACUCGCCAUAUCCCGAGGUCCGAGCAGCCGUCUCAAAUGUGGACGAUCCGUCCAUGCCCGUGAACACCUUCAGAGCUUGGUUCUUGGGAUUGGUGUUCGCGAUUGCUGCUACAAGUCUCAACACGUUCAUGUCCCUGAGAGCCCAGAUCUGGACAUUCAGCCCUCUCGUCGCCCAGAUUCUCGUCAUGCCCUUCGGCAAGUUCCUCGCCUGGGCACUUCCCACCACUCAAUACCGCACCUUUGGCUACACAUGGUCGCUCAACCCUGGACCCUUCAACGUCAAGGAGCACACCCUCAUCGUCGCCAUGGUCUCCAUGUGCUGGCAGACCGUCUACAUGUCCUCGGUCUACAUCACCCAGGAGGUCAACUACGGCCAGGAGCUCUCGUACUCGUACAAAAUCCUCACCGCCCUCUCCAACCAGCUGAUCGGCAUGGGCAUCGGCGGCAUGUUCCGGUCCUUCCUCGUCUGGCCGUCGAGCAUGAUCUACCCCGGCACACUGGUCAGCUGCAGCCUGAUGAACACGCUGCACCGCACCUGGGGCAAGCGCGAGCGGAAGCACAUCUCGCGCCACAAGCUGUUCGCCAUCGUCUGCGUCGCCUCGGCGCUGUGGUACCUCAUCCCCGGCUUCGUCUUCACCGGUGUCAGCAUCUUCUCGUGGGCGUGCUGGAUUGCGCCGACGAACCCGACGGUCAACGUCGUCUUCGGAUCGCUCAGCGGCAUGGGCAUGGGCCUGCUCACCUUCGACUGGUCGAUGAUCAUCUUGCCGUCUGGCGCGAACUCGCUGGUCUCUCCGUGGUGGGCGCAGAUUAACGUCUACGUCACCUUUGUGAUUGUGUGCUGGAUCAUCGCCCCCAUCCUGUACUUCAAGAACGUCGUGUUUGCUCAGUACAUGCCGAUCUCCAUCGUCACGCCGUUCGACAACACCGGCAUGCCAUACGACGUCACACAAGUCAUGAACAAUGGCACCUUCGACGCCGACCUGUACCAUGCGUACUCCCCGCUGUUCUUGAGCUCGACGAACGUGCUUGCCUACACCAUGUGCUUCGCCAUCUUCCCGGCCACCAUUGUCCACACCAUCCUCUGGUACAGCCGCGACAUCCGGCGCCAGUUCAGCAGCUCGCUGUCCGACAACCGCGACGUCCACUCCCGGCUGAUGCUCGCGUACCCAGAGGUGCCAAUGUGGUGGUACGGCCUCCUGUUCGCGCUCUGCUUCGUGGCCGGCUGCAUCGGCAUCGAGAUCUUCCCGACCGAGUUCCCCAUCUGGGCCCUCGUCGUCUCGCUCCUGAUCACCACGGCGCUCGUCAUCCCGCUCGGCAUCAUCCGCGCCGUCACCAACCAGUGGCUCGCGAUGACCUACCUCGCCGAGAUCCUGGGCGGCUACGUGACGCCGGGCAAGCCGGUCGCGUUCAUGCUGUUCAAGUCGUACCUCGGCGCGGCCCAGGAGAUCUCGUCGACGUACCUCACGGUCCUCAAGCUCGGGCACUACAUGAAGGUCCCGCCGCGGACGAUGUUCGCCGGCACGCUCGCGUCGGUGUUCGUCACGACGUUCAUCUCCCAGGGCAUCGUCGACGCCGUGCUCAACAACAACGUCGACGCGUGCACGCCGCUGUCGCCCAACGGCUUCACGUGUGCGGACAACCAGGACUUUGUCUCGUCCGCCGUCAUCUGGGGCGCCAUCGGCAGCAAGCGCAUCUUCGGUCCAGGCGGGCUCUACCGCAGCUUCCUGUGGAUAAUCCUCGUCUGCUCGCUGCUACCGGUACCUUUCUACCUGCUCGCCCGGCGGUACCCGUACUCGCGCUGGCGGUACGUGAACAUCCCCGCGGCCCUCAGCGCGGCGAUGUUCUUCCCGCCAUGCACCGGCAUGCAGUUCACCAGCUGGUUCGUCAUCGGCGGCGUCUUCCAGGGAUUCCUGCGCCGCCGCCACUUCCGCUGGUGGAUGCGCUACAACUACGUGCUCGCGGCCGCGCUCGACGCCGGGCUCGCGUUCGGCUCGCUCCUCGUCUUCGUCUGCUUCUUCGUCCCCAAGGGCGGCAACCUCACGUUCGACUGGUGGGGCAACACCGUGUGGCAGAACACGAACGACGCCAUGGGCGCGCCGUUCAAGAUGCCGCCCGUCAACCAGACGUUCGGGCCCACGACGUGGGCGUGAACGGUGCCUCUCCUGUUGUACACGCAUCGCAUAUUCGCACGGACUUUGUGCUUGUCUCUGUAUCAUUAUUUGUUAUUGUUGUACUGGUAUGGUAGCAUCCCCAUCCCCAUCACCAUCCCCAUCCCCCGCAUAUACUCUCUUUCGCGCGACCACAGAUACCUUUUUUUUCGCAGACCUCAAAACACUUUCUCUCUGUACUCCUGCAGCUUCGUUCGGUAUUGAUUGUGUAGUCUGACUGGGUCUGUGACAUUAGUGUACUACACUCUGGAUGUACCCGUAGCAGAAGGCACAAUAGACCUUCAUGACUCUCGAACAUCGUCGUCGUCGAUUUGUGUAAUGUCCUGGCUGGUCGGGGCAGGCUCUCCACAGGACGACGGAGUCACUGAGAGCAAUAUUAACAGUCACCAGAGAGAUGGGGAUACAACCUAGAGGCUCGUUGCUAACCACUGGCCAGUUGGUUGCAGAAGCGGGACAACUGCCGAUAUUUCCACUAUGAUAUUCUCCUGUCGUCAGCUCUUGCAUACAUUGCGAGACGAUGGCCAGCUGCGACAUCGAGAAGGAGGCGCUGACAAGAGCGGCUCGCAUUGCCAGAGCGAAGUGUGUGGCCGCCAUGGCGUACAUAAUCACACAUAUGAGCGCCACAAAGAUGCGAGAUGUCUGCUUGAAGCCAUUACGUAGGAGGAUGAACGUAGACGGGAUAACUAGGAGUGAGAAAACACCAAACACUAUCGCCUCAGAUAAGAUGCGUUGUAGUGUGCUAGGAUUGCCUGGGGUGAUGAAGAUAAUCUGUUCGAGCGCAUCCGACAAAUUAUGUAGCUGAUCCAUAUCCAAACUGCCAGGACCGGUCGAGACAUUUGCUGGUACCGACUGUGCCAUGAAAUGCUGAUAGCGCAAACAAUCGAUAGCACAAGAGUAGUACGGUGCAUCGGGGUACAAGUGGUGGCUUAUAUGUGCAAGCCCAUCUGGAUGAACGUCGAGGCCAUCAUCGAGGCUAUGGUCUCCGUGCGUUCGUGACCUCCUGCACGUCUGUUGGGGUUUCUACGACCUAGUACCGCCUUCGCGACAAAGACGAACAGAUCGCAGCUGGCUUCGGCGCGCCUUGAUCACGGCCAAAUCACACAUCUAACCGAGGUACUUAUUGACACACGUCGGAAAGGUUUGGUUUGAUCAGGGCGCACGGUUUUCCGCCCACUGCGCCACAUUGCUCCAAGAUGCGACACACGACGUGAAUGAACUCCGUUGAAAGCGUGAGACUCACAAGAUACGCGUCGCUCCGAUAACUCAUUUCCUUUGCUGAUGGCCGUGUUUUGCCUUGCACGGGUUGAGUUUGUCCGACACCACAGGACGAUACGCAGCGCACCACGAUUGAGCUCUAUGCAUGCGGCUCCCUAUAUCCUCGCAUCCCCGACCCGUCCGCUCACACCCCAGAUCUACUUGCCGCCUGCGCCGAGCUGGUGGACGCCGCGACCUUGGGUUUGCACAGAUUCCAGACCUCCCAGCUCUUGUGCGAGGACGCGGACACCCUCGCCGCCCGCGGGCAGCACCAAGCAGAUGUGCGCUGCCACUAGAUGUACACGACCUUGUGGGUCUCGAAUUCCCUCGCUGAG